GUCUUAGGGUCGUCUUUGAGCGUCUUUUUGUUGUCUCGGUGCAAUUCCAUAGCCAUUUUGGCUCAAGCCGUGGUCCGCUUGCGUGGCGGCUGCGGAAGACGCAGAGGGCGCCCGUGGCCUGUCUCCGGGGGCGCCUCGUCACGGGCGGGACUGGCCCCGAUGUCCGCUUGUGCCCGGGGGCGCCGCGCCGCAGGCUGGUACGGCGCCUGGCUCCUGGCGCACGUAGGAGCCGCAGGCGCACCGGCUGGACACCUCGAGCCGUUCGGCAGCUGGGCCCCUGGCAAGCCCAUCAAGGAGUGGACGAGCCUGCCGAGUCCCCUGGAGUUCUUCGAACACUGCCAGCUGGAUGGGGGUGCCAGCGAGCCAGUGCUGAUGCGCGGUGCGGCUAAGGGAAUGCCCGCCAUGGACUGGACGAGCGACGAGUACCUCCUGGAGAAGUUCGGUGGUUCCAAGAUCUCCGGCGUGGAAUAUGAUCUGAAAGAGACCCGGGUUGGAGGCCAAGUGCCUGGCAUGCGCGUCUUGAGGGAUUUCUUGUCGAAGUAUAACACGACGGACAUAUACAUGGUGUCGCAGAUUCCGAAGGAGAUGCGGCAAGAUGUGAAGUUUUUGCCGUUUCUACGUUGCGGCGGGUACUUGGAUUUUCUCGAUGUCGCGAACUUGUGGAUCGGACGAGGCGGCAGUAAGUCCGUGGUGCACUACGACGACCAGGACAACAUCAAUUGCAUGUUCUCCGGAAGGAAGAGAUUCAUUUUCAUGCACCCGAAGUACAAGCGGGAGUUCGAGGCGCACCCAAACACGGCGAAGAAUCGCUUUGGUUGGGUCGAUGCUGAUCUCGACAAGAACGUGAAAGGUUACGGUGCUUUCUUUGGCAAUCUUGAUGUUGAUCGAGUAGACUUGAUUAACCUCCCUGGGUGGAGCGAAGUGGAGUAUUCUUAUGCGGAGCUCGAGCCCGGGGAUUGCCUGUAUAUUCCCUAUCAGUGGUAUCACCAGGCGGCGGACGCGGAGCUGUGAGCGGGGCGCCCGUGGGGCCGUCUCGGCGCCCACGGCGGACAUCGCCACCGCCGCCGUCCCCCCCCAAAAAAAAGUUGUCUCGGUG